UGAAUGGCUCCGCCCAAGUGAGGAGAGCAAAUGAGGAGGCGCAAUGCUCUGCACCACGCUCAACUCACUGAAAUGGCUCGGAAACUUGACUCGCCAUUAUCAAGGAGGCAAAACAGCCGCUACUCUAACUGAAAUUGAGAGGUGCCUCCUGCACCGGGAAGGACCGAGACUCGGUCCCCAGAUCACCGCAGCCAAAACCUUCCGGAUCUGGUGCACAGGAAACCGCUCGUCCCUCCCCGGCCACCUUGCACUGGAUGCAAGAGACCAACCGGUGGGGUCGCUGCCGCGAUGCGGACGGCCACAGGCGCCGGCUACUUCCAGAGGGGCAGCUUGUUCUGGUUCACAGUCAUCACCCUCUCCUUCGGCUACUACACGUGGGUUGUUUUCUGGCCUCAGAGCAUCCCUUAUCAGAGCCUCGGGCCCCUGGGUCCCUUCACGAAGUACUUGGUGGACCACUACCACACCUUCCUAAGGAAUGGGUAUUGGCUUGCUUGGCUAAUUCAUGUGGGAGAGUCCUUGUAUGCCUUGGUUUUAUGCAAGCGUAAAGGGAUCACAGACGGCCAGGCACAGCUCCUCUGGUUCCUACAGACUUUUCUGUUUGGUGUAGCCUCUCUCUCCAUCCUGCUUGCUUACAGAUCAAAACGCCAAAAACACAAUUAAAAGAGAGAACGAGUUUCUUUUCACUUCUUCAAGCCCUCCUUUAAGGGGACCCUGGGGACCAUGAUAACCUCUCCGUCUUCUAGGCAGUGUCUGUCCAAGAACCUGCAUGAGACCCUCUAGUUACUCGUAUUUUGGUGCUCUGACCAACAUUGGAUAGACCUUCUUUGUUUAAAGAAACAGGAGACUCUUCUAGCUCUGAGACCUCCUGCCUGAAGAAGGCCUCAGGCCACUCUCCUGAGGGCCUUAGCUGAGUCAUUUUCCUGCCUUUUGGCUGAGGCACAGAAACUAGAUUUAUUUGUGGGCACACCUAUGCUCUGUGUGGUGGUAUGAAUAUGCUUGACCCAUGGGAAGUGGCACUACUAGGAGGUGUGGCCUUGUUAGAGGAAAUGUGUCGCUGUGGAGGCCAGACUUUGAGGUCUCAUAUAUUUGCUCAGGUCUAGCCGGUGUGAAACGGUCUCCUUUCGCUGCCUUUAGAUCAAGAUGUAGAACUCUCAGCUCCUUCUCCAGCUCCAUGUCUGCCUGCAUACUGCCAUGCUUCCUACGAUGAUGAUAAUGGACUGAGCCUCUGAAACUAUACACCAACCCCAAUUAAAUGUUCCCCUUUGUAAGAGUUGUCUUGAUCUUGAUGUCUCUUUACAACAAUGAAAUUCCUAAUUAAGACACUCCCUGCUCUGACUAGCGCCCCCUCUCCUCCUCCCCACUGAUAUCUUAGCUUCUACCCCCCCCAACCUUUUUCUGAUUCUGGACCAAGAUAAAGUAAAACUUCCACAUAACAUCAGUUCCA